CAGUCAGGAUGCUGAUUGAACCUGGAUCUUACUGGCUGUGCCAUCAGAAUCAGGUUUACAAGUUUUGCUUCCAGCUGUGCUCCCAUAGUUUAAGUUUAAGGAGAGAGACCUGGACGCAGGAGCUGUUGGAGGUUGUGAAGGUCAUUGUGGAUUCAUCGAGUUCAGUUCCACGAAGGAUGAUCACAAGAUGUCUCAGAGUGAAUAUUAGAACUGAAUUUUGGUCAAGGCAGAGUAAGAUGCUUACCUUGCUUCAACUAAAGAGUAGCUUGAGACAUGCUGCUUUGUUUCCUAAGAAGUUCAUACUGGAUGUCACCAUCAGGACAGGAGUCAUAGAAGUUGAACAAAGAAACUAUCAGCAAUGGGAGGAGGAGAUUCUUUCCAAUAUGCAUUGCUGUGAUGAUGAUGAUAUAGCCAGCAUUGAUUCUGCCAGAAAGUGUCAACUGAGAUGUAGUCUCUCUACUAGUGCCUUAUCAAACAUGGAAAAUAUUUUACCAAAAUGGGACAGAGAUUUAAAAUCAGGUAACAAAAAUAUGGUGAUGCAAAAUGAACCUCUUCCUAUUUAUGCAACUCCUCCGAAGGAUAUGCCCAGUGGAGACUUAGUAUCUGUGGCUUCUAGCAAUGGUCCCAGUGAUUGUCACACCCCUCCAGAAAGUGUUAGCAGACACCCUGAGAUGUCAGGUGCUACUCUAUCUAGAAGAGUUAUGCCAAGAAAGAGGAAAUUUGAUGAAGUGGGCAGCUAUGAAUUCCACUCAUCUGCACAGAAGAAAUUAACAACCAAACUUGCAGGUGUGGUUAAGAAACACACAUCUGUCAUUUCAUUGAACGAACAGUUCUCUUCAUGUGAAACAAACCAAGAUGGGUUGCAGUCUUUCAGUAACCAGACCCACCAAUUAUUUAAGAAAGUAAAGGGUGAUGUUCUGAAGGACAGAACAAAUACAUUGAGAGAGUUAAUUAUUAAAUGUAUAGAAAAGUUACACCAGCCACUGGAGUCAUCUGUAUGCCCAGAAGAAAUAUGUUUUGCCCACUGUAACUCAACUGAGCCAAUCCUGAGUUCAACAAGUCACUGCAUACAGGAACCUAGAGCUGUACUUACGCAAGAGCACAGAAUGGCUGAAUUAUCUGAAGAUGUAUGUAACAGUGACAUGAGGCACACUGAAACUCCCAAACGAUCUGCGUGUUAUGAUGGUAGUGAUGGUUGUUACACUGAUGCCACAGAAUGUGUGGAUGUUAACAAUGGUGCCUCAUGUCUGUGCACUCAGGCUGUAGACCACAGCGAGCCUAUGCGUGAGUCAUGGGUGUCUCAGAAUGCAGUGGAAGACAAGCAAUGGGAAACUGAUACGCAGACCCAGCAUUGUUGUGCACAGGUCCAUAGUGUCCUGAAGUCACCAGUUUAUCCAAGACCUGUCACUUAUAGACAUAUUUUAACUAGACGUCAAUACCAGAGCCGUAUUAAGAGCACUAAGGAUAAGGUUUAUUUAAAUGUUGAAGAUGUCUUGGCUUCUGGAGGUGACCUCCCGAGGCCAGAAUUGAGAACAAGAUCGAAGAAAGCUGAGAGUUACAACCUGAAGAAAUUGCUUCAAGACGUGGCAAGUUAUCCAACAGUGGUGCUGUGCCGAGUAGAUGAAAAUGUUAAGGAACAACCACAUGAAAAUUAAGUAGCCUCCUUUGAGAAAGGUGUAAAAUCUAUUAAUGAAUACAACAACUGUAAGAUUUCACAUUACAGUAGAAGGUCACACACCAUCUGCACUGAAAGGAAGGAUACAUGUCAGCAUACAUUAUGUGAGAAGGAAGGCAGGACCUGUUCAAA